GGCGAACUGCGCCGCUGCCGCUGCUAUGAAGGAUCGUCAGCUUGGAGCACAUUGAUUUCUCUUGAGUGAAUGCGAUCUGCCCGGGCCACACUCACGGCCGAGCGACAAAAUGACUUCACACAGUUUGCUCAUCUUAAUGAUAAAUUCAUUCUCAUUUUCUGUGUUUUCCUUUGGUUGAGCGUUAUUGAUUCGGCAUCAUGCAUUCCAGGCGAAGCAUUGAUUGGCAUGCUCCGGUACUGAUUGUUUCUUCUUUUCUUGGUGCGAUCGGCUUUGCCGUGGCACAUCAUGUUUUCAAUCAAUCUCUUGCGGGAACUCCAGCACUGUCGGAUGAGAUUCAUUUCGGUCAAAUCACAUUCACCUCGCAGACGCAGAAUAUGACGAUUGGAGUUGCGUUGGCUUUUCUCUUUCGCGCAUGCCUGGCGGUCACGGUCUCGGCUUCUUACAUCCAAUGCUUCUGGCGAGCAGUUGGCAAAAGAGGAACUGAAACGCGACUCUCGACACUUGACAGGCUACACUCUGUAUUGGAAAACGUUUGGUCUUUCUUGCGGGUGCAUAUCUGGUGGAAAUAUCCUUUGCUUCUCAUUCUCGCGGUCAUCAGCUGGUGUCUGCCCAUCGCUGCAAUAAUUUCACCAGCUACCUUGACAGUCGUUAACGUUCCAAUCUCUCCUCCUCCAACAUCGCUCGUAUAUGUACCAAGUGUAGACUUCAAGAGCCUGAAGCUGCUGGCAGCUCCGCAGACCGGUUAUGGCUUGAAAAUUCGUCGAGAUCAGCACGACACUGCUUGGACGCAAAACGCAUCUGUCUAUAACGGUCCAUCAUAUGUCGUGGAGAGGAUUGCAAACUCUGUAGCUGCUCAAGGAAAGUUGCUCCCCAUUCACCCGCCAUCUUUGAACGUGAGUUGGACGUCGAGCUUCCGCGCGCCUUCAAUCAAGUGCGCAGACGUCAACUCAACGCUUCGCGCACAAAUGCUUGAUAACAUCCUACAAGCCUUCCGUGACGGAACGGGUUGUGCUGGACCAUACAGCUUUCUUUCAUGGACCGCCACUCCAGGCUUUGAUUCAGCAAUGAGCGUGAUGGUAGAUCAAGCGCCCAGCAAUACUGCUUUGCCAUUUCACAAGCCUUCAAGCGCUGGCAACAGAUGGCCAAUGAAUGUGGGCACGGUCGGUCCCUUGGAUUUCUCUGCUGUUGGGCCUGAAGACUACGUCAAUGCGACGCAGGCCGCAACGAUAUACUUCGCUGUGAUUCCAAAUCUCGCAUAUGAUACCCCUGCAUCGUGCUCUGCUCGACUCAACAGGACCGACUGGAGCAACUCAACUUUUGUCCAGUGCGAGCUACAGAACACGACCUAUGCAACAAACUUCACCUACGUCAACGGUGAGCAGCAAAUCAGCUUCUCGCCACAAGCCGGAACGACCAGUACUCCGGUGACUACCUUGUCAGCCUUUGACUAUCUGGAUACAAACACGUCGUGUGCUACCAUGAACGCGCGAUUCGAAAAGUGUGUGGUUGACCCAACACUACUCGAGAAAUUGAGCUUCCAGGCCGUAAUGGACGCGUUUGGCAAAAUCUUCGUAGGCUAUGUGGUCGAUCCCAUGAAAACUCGGUACGGCCAAGGCGCAUUCGAGCGCACGAGUGUCAUGCAAUCUGUCCUUCUUGAUACUCCGGAGCUGGCGUUUCUGACGCAGAAUGCACGAUGGGCCUCCAGCGGGUCAGACAACCCACAAUUGUCUACCAUGCAUGACUCGAUUCAGCCGCGGGCCAAUCUGUCACUCAAAGUUACCUUAGAAAAGCUGUUUGAGAAUAUUACGAUAAGCUUGCUGAGCUCUCCCAACCUUCAACCCAAUACCUCCUCCCUUAUCGCGCCAGCCAAAGUGAACAUCACCCAGAACAUUUACCGCAAUCAAUAUGACUAUUCCGCAUCAAACUUGUGGCUCACCUACGGCAUCGCGCUCGGAAUAACAAUGCUUGUAGCCGUCGCCGGCUUCAUCGCGAUGAUGACCAAUGGUGCAGCAUUUUCCAACGACUUCUCGACCAUUCUUCGCGCAAGUCGCACCGCGAAAUUGAGUGAAGAGGUCCGCAUCGGGGACGCCGACGGCAAGGAUCCUCUGCCAGAGUACCUCUCCAAAGCAACUGUCGGUUUCGUCAGCGGUACGUUCGCUCUCCAAGCGAGUAAACAUGGCGCUGUCGAGAUUGUCUCAUAUUCUGCUACUCAUUAUGAUGGCGUAUCGGUUGGCAGAGCAGAAUUGAAACCCAAGAAGACUACUUUUUUGGCUCGAAUCCGGAAGACAGGUUCAGACGAAAGCAAUGUUUAGCAUAGCACUGGGCCAUCAGUAUUCCUUACAAUAUAUAGAUGUAUUCAAACGAUGUUUAUGAUGGAC